CCACGGGAAAAGCAGCCGUGGGCGCCAGGCUCGCCGUGGCGCGCGGUGUGUGAAGGGCAGCGGACAGGAUGCGAGCGCAGCGGCCGGGGCGGCUCUGGGCAGCUCUGCUGGCGCUGGGGACACUGGCGGGCGUUGUCGUUGGAGAGUCCAACAUCUGUACCACACGAGGUGUGAACUCCUGCCAGCAGUGUCUGGCCGUGAGUCCUGUGUGUGCCUGGUGUUCAGAUGAGGCUCUGCCUCAGGGCUCACCCCGCUGUAACCUGAAGGACAGCCUGCUGAAGGACAACUGUGCCCCAGAGUCCAUUGAGUUCCCAGUCAGCGAGGCCCAGAUCCUGGAGGAUAGACCGCUCAGCACUAAGGGCUCUGGAGACAGCGCCCAGAUCACUCAAGUCAGUCCCCAGAGGAUUGCCCUUCGACUACGGCCAGAUGAUUCGAAGACUUUUUCACUUCAAGUGCGGCAGGUGGAGGAUUACCCUGUAGACAUCUACUACUUGAUGGAUCUGUCCUACUCCAUGAAGGAUGAUCUAAAGAACAUCCAGAACUUGGGUACCAAGUUGUCUUCUCAGAUGCGCAAGCUUACCAGCAACCUUCGGAUUGGCUUUGGGGCCUUUGUGGACAAGCCUGUGUCACCAUACAUGUUCAUCUCCCCACCAGAGGCCCUCAAAAACCCUUGUUACAGUAUGAAGACUUCAUGUUUGCCCAUGUUUGGCUACAAACACGUGCUGACGCUAACUGACCAGGUGACCCGCUUCAAUGAGGAAGUGAAGAAACAGAGUGUGUCACGUAACCGAGAUGCCCCCGAGGGCGGCUUUGACGCCAUCAUGCAGGCUACAGUCUGUGAUGAAAAGAUUGGCUGGAGGAAUGAUGCAUCCCAUUUGCUGGUGUUUACCACCGAUGCCAAGACCCACAUUGCACUGGAUGGGAGGCUGGCAGGCAUUGUCCUGCCCAACGAUGGGCAGUGUCACAUUGGCAGUGACAACCAUUACUCUGCCUCUACAACUAUGGAUUACCCGUCUCUGGGGCUGAUGACUGAGAAACUAUCCAAGAAUAACAUUAACCUGAUCUUUGCAGUCACUGCAGAUGUGGCCAACCUCUACCAGAAUUAUAGUGAGCUCGUCCCGGGGACCACAGUGGGAAUCCUGUCUGAUGACUCAAGCAAUGUCCUCCAGCUCAUUGUUGAUGCUUAUGGGAAAAUCCGCUCGAAAGUGGAGCUGGAAGUGCGUGACCUCCCUGAAGAGCUGUCACUGUCCUUCAAUGCCACUUGCCUCAACAAUGAGGUCAUCCCAGGCCUCAAGUCUUGUGUGGGUCUCAAGAUUGGAGACACGGUGAGCUUUAGCAUCGAGGCCAAGGUACGCGGCUGCCCCAAGGAGAAAGAGCAGUCUUUCACUAUCAAGCCUGUGGGCUUUAAGGAUAGCCUUACUGUCCAAGUCACCUUUGACUGUGACUGUGCCUGCCAGGCCUCUGCCCAGCCUCUCAGUCCACGCUGCAACAACGGCAAUGGGACCUUUGAGUGUGGAGUGUGCCGCUGUGACCCGGGAUGGCUGGGAGCCAUGUGUGAGUGCUCUGAGGAGGACUACCGACCCUCCCAGCAGGAAGAGUGCAUCUCCAAGGAGGGCCAGCCCAUCUGCAGCCAGCGAGGCGAGUGCCUCUGUGGCCAGUGUGUCUGCCACAGUAGUGAUUUUGGCAAGAUCACCGGCAAGUUCUGUGAGUGCGAUGACUUCUCCUGUGUCCGCUACAAAGGAGAGAUGUGCUCUGGCCAUGGCCAGUGCAACUGUGGGGACUGCGUGUGUGACUCAGACUGGACUGGCUUCUACUGCAACUGUACGACACGCACUGACACCUGCUUGUCCAGCAACGGGCUGCUGUGCAGCGGCCGGGGCAACUGUGAGUGUGGCAGCUGUGUCUGCGUCCAGCCAGGCUCUUACGGAGACACCUGUGAGAAGUGUCCCACUUGCCCAGAUGCCUGCUCAUUUAAGAAGGAGUGUGUGGAGUGUAAGAAGUUCAACCGGGGAACCCUCCACGAAGAAAACACCUGCAGCCGCUACUGUCGAGAUGAUAUCAGGCUUGUGGCAGAACUGAUGGAUACUGGCAAAAAUGCAGUGAACUGUACCUACAAGAAUGAGGAUGACUGUGUUGUCAGAUUCCAGUACUAUGAAGACACCAGUGGAAGGGCCAUCCUGUAUGUGGUGGAAGAGCCAGAGUGUCCCAAGGGUCCUGACAUCCUGGUGGUCCUGAUGUCAGUGAUGGGAGCAAUUCUGCUCAUCGGUCUUGCUACUCUGCUCAUCUGGAAGCUACUCAUCACCAUCCAUGACCGGAAGGAAUUUGCUAAAUUUGAGGAAGAACGAGCCAGAGCAAAAUGGGACACAGCAAACAACCCACUGUUUAAAGAGGCCACCUCCACCUUCACCAACAUCACCUACCGGGGCACUUAAUGAGAAGAAGUCAUCCUUAGACCUUUGUCAGCUUAGGCCAGAUUUGUCAGACUGUCGGAGUCUCUGCCAUCAUGUUUACAGGGGACAGUAUUUGUGGGUGGGAUCUGGGGCUUGGAUUGGGAUGGGCUGGAAAAAUAUCAGUAUGUGGGAGUGUAUCUGUGUGUGUGUGUGUGUGUGUGUGUGUGUGUGUGUGUGUGUGUAUUGAGUGCAGGGAAAUGUGUAGUUGAAAACUUGUGGCGGGUCCCCAUAGACAGAGCUCCACAGCCUUUGUCCUAGAAUCCCUCCUGAAGGGGAUCUUUCUGCUUAGCUUGAGGGGAACUCAUGAUGCUGAGCAGGCGCUCUCCCUUACCUCUGAGAAUCCAGCUUGCCUUGUCAGGCCAUUCUCCCAGAGGGAAGGGCGGGCCUCCAGUACUUAGUUCCAGGGGAAGCGAAGCCAGGCCUUGGCUCUAUACUGGGUUUGUACGUUCUGGCUCUUGGUGCUGUCAGCAGCUAUGGUAGGAACUGCGUAUCUUUGAAGCCCAGUUGUAUCAUUUGCGCCUCUGCCUGCCUCCCCUUGCUCGGGCGGAGGGUGGAGUUAGGGGAGAAUUGAGACCUCCAGAGUUGCCUGCAUCUUUUGCCAUCACCUCAGUCCUGCUAUGGGUCUCUCAUUAGGAAAGUCCUUGCUGCCUGGCAGGACCACUCAGGGGUUAUGCAUGGCCUGGGGGAUGUUUGUAACAGAAGUCAUUCUUCCCUAGAGAUCCGUGUAGAAGUGUCAUUGUUACAUCAACGCUGCCUCUUAUCUCCGGCUUCCACAUUCUCGUUGUUACAGACAUUUGCUGUGCACCAAGGAUAUCGCUCAUGACCAAAUGCUUUCCUCUCAGGGCAGAGGGCUACGGUCAGAACUAGAGGUCUAGCCCGCUUCUCCAGCUCGUCUGCUCCUCUUCCCAGGCACCCCCACACACCUCAUCCCUUGCCUCUGUGUGCUCCACCCAUCCAUGGGGGUGAUUGUCUUUAGCUACCUCUUGGGUGUCUUGUGAAGGAGUCGUUCCUAUUCGUGCGCUGGGCAAAGUGCCGGGAAGGAAUGACAGGCCAGUAGGGUCUGCAUGUGUGGCCUGUUCUCCUAUGGGUUGGACAACCUCAUUUUAUCUUAGCCUUUAAUCCGGGAGGCCACAAGUGCAAUUUUAUUUUAUUCUCUAUGGGGACACCCAAAACCAUGAUGAGGUUCACUCACUGUAAGGGAGCGUGUAUAUAAACACAGUUGCAUUAUUAUAUUUGUAAUUUUAUGUGAUGACAAAGGAGGGCAUAAAAAAACCCACAGACUGUGUGGGACACAGGCACUCCCUUGUGGCAUCAUUCUUAGUAACUCACCACUCACUUGCUGGGUCUCUAAGGGGCCCCCUCUUCCUGGAAGCAUGUGAGGGUGGGCAUGCGGACAUAUUGGACCUUUCUCAAGGAGGAUGUUAAAAACCAACCCCCAAUCUCCUAAGGAGAGAAGACCUAUUACUGUGAUCUUGAUGAUCAGAAAAUCGGAGUCCUGGCCUCAGGAUUGCAGCUAUUUUUUUUAAAUGUUAAAGUCACUUUCUUUGAUCUGGAGUUCAGUUUUCUAGUUUGAAAAAUAAUGAGUUUGAACCAGCUACUUGGAAGGUCUAUUGCAAGUGUCAAUAUUCUUUUUAACUUUUUGAAAGACAGGGUCAUAUGUAGCCCAGGAUGGCCUUGAACUUGCUGUGUUAGCCAAGGAUGACUUGAACUUCUGAUCCUCUUUGCCUUCACCUCUCAGGUGCUAGAAUUAAGGGCAUGUGCUGUCAUGCCUAGUUUAUGCGGUGCUGGGAAUAGAACCUGGGACUUCACACGUGCUAGGAGAGAACACUAUCAGUAUCCUAAGAUGCUGAGAUUGAAUAUGGCAUCAAGCAUACAGCCAAGAUUCUGUGUGUGUAUAAGGGGGCUGGGAUGUUGUUUGGUGGUAGAGCACUUAUGGAAUACCCUGGGUUUGAUUCCCAGAACUGAAAACGUGUGCGUGUGCGUGGUGUGUUUUGCUGGUCUUUGUCCUUCAGUUUUGAGAUCUGAAUCCAUUGGCUUUUACAAGAGCAGAUGUCAUUCUCAUAAUGUCACAAUGAGUCUUGUUCUUUCUCAGAACCCCUGCAUCUUUUUUUAGUGGGUGCAUCUAAUGUAGCACUUAGUUAUCAUCCAAUUGGUUAUUUCAUGCUCAUUCUGCAUACAUUUGCAUCUUCAUAUCUGGGAAGACCAUCAGUGAGGAUGAUCCAGGUGUUAGUGUUGAGAACAGGCCUCGAGAACAGGAAUAAGCCUGUCCUGUCCUGUCUUGUCCUUGGGUUACUCUGGGGUUAGCAGGUAGGAUGUGGUAGGAGGAUGAGGGAGGGACCGGGAAGAGUGGUCACAGAUCCAAGAAGUUUAAAUAUUAACCAUCGCAUUUAGCUACUGAGACAGAGUUCAUCCAUGAGAGUAGAGUGGGAUUUUCUUUAGAGAAGAUGGUUUAGAUGAGGAAACUAAGAGAGGAGAAGAAAAUGCAUUACAAGGAUGAAGAGGUGAGCGGGAAUCUAGUGUUUCUGGAAUGAGGCUCAUGGUUCUUGAUGACCAGCGCUGUUCUUCAGGACAUGGGAAUACCUGGAGCUGUUUUCACCAGAGGCCCAGGAACAUCUAAAAUUGUUCCGACCUUGAGCAACAGCACAGAGGAUGGUGCCCUGUUCUUUUACAGGUGAUUUCUGCCCAGUCUCAGGGUCUGAGGACAAUAAUAGGAAGUGGAACACACCUGCCUGUUCCACUUGGAGUCAGUUGUUUAUCUCGCAGACAUUCUGAAGCUGCAUCAAGGUAUUUCUUCGUCAGUUUCUGGUUGAGAUUGCUUCAGCACCAUCCCGGCUUCCUCGGCACCUCCUCUGAGUCAUGUCACAGAAUUAAAUGUGCUUUCCUAAA